AUGUCUGCCAUCAGUGUCGAAUGUUAUGCCAGGUUUAAAUAUCUGGCUGACGCCCUCCCCGAGCGCUUCCAACCAGCAGUUGCCGAAGCGCAAGCCGCCCUGCCAUCGCUCCUCGACGGGGGUUACCCAGUGGUUCUCACACACGCCGACCUCAACGAGAUGAAUAUACUGAUCAAUUCCAAUACCGGCGAAAUCACAGGCAUUAUCGAUUGGUCAUCUGCGAGCAUCCAACCUUUUGGCUUCUCCCUGUACGCGCUAGAAGAUGCCCUGGGCGACAUGCGCGCUGACGGGUGGAAAUGGUAUGAUAACGCGGACGAGCUAAGGGCUGCAUUCUGGAAGGCGUUUAAGGAACGGACGGGACUAUCUGAGCCCCAGCAAAGGCUCGCUCAGCUUGCAGCAAAGGCUGGAAUCCUCACCCGCUACGGUAUCGCCUACGAUGCCGGCUUCUCUGGGCCGAUAGGGACGGAGGAUUUCAGAUACCUUGACGCGCUCCUCUAA